AAGAAUCUCUCGCCUGAAACCAGUGUAAAAGAAUGAUUUCCUUGCUUUGUAAAGCGCUGCCUUUCUACUAAAUUUGUCGAGUUGUCGAAAUCGAAUCUUUGCCCUAUUGCCUGGAACCAAUCAUUGCUUGCUACACGUACUUCUCUUGGCUGUCAAUGAUAUACCAACUACAACUUCUUGGAGGCCAGAUUGUACCGUUGUGGAGUCAUCAUACAGAGACUGGCAGCGUUUGAUUGAUCGUUUUCUGGUUGCAUUGAUAUCUUCUUUUGAAGUCUCAUUUCCUGGCAUUCUCGAUUGACGGUUCGCUUUUCCUCCUCCCUGUAAUAAUAAAAGUGAAUCAUCAUCAUCAUGUUACGUCAAGCCAUGGAUGCCGCUGAAGGUCAGUUUCAGCAGCAACAGCAACAUCAAUAUCAUCAACAACAGCAAGAUGAAACGGCUAGACUGCUAUCAUCUUCCAUUCCACCUCCAUCCGAGGCAACCACUGGGGGGUUUGGGACUGCCCAUGCCCCAGUUUAUGACGAAGAAGAUGAGAGCAUGUUGGAAGACGAGUCAGAAGACGACUGGAGUGAACAGCAGAGAUCACGUCAACAACCACCAGGAAUGACGCGCAAGGCAUGGGAUAGCAUACGCAACGCAUUUCUCCUGGUGGCCAAUGUGGAGAAUCUGUGGGAUUCGCCCGUACCGAAUCAACCAUCAGGAGGAGAUGGGUACAGAUCCAAUAUGAUGUAUACCAAUGGGACUUCUUCUUCGGCAGCGAGCGUAGCUAGACUGAGAAGACGGUCGUAUCUGAUUGUCUUGUUCUGGUUCUUUGUCCUGGCAGGAGCUUAUGCCAUGGAACGAAGCACCUUUAAGCUUCUCGUGGAUCGAGCAGGGCCCUUUCGACUCUUUUCCGUGGAAAUGGUCACCCUCACGCAUGCUCUCAUGUUGGGAGCUUGGAUGGUGGUGUCCAGUAUUUAUCAAAGUAGACAAGAACAGGAUGAAGGCAGCCGGAUAUCCUUGGGCAUACCCCUCGUGGAUGUGGGAUACAUGGCUCUCCUGGACACAUUCCACCUUUUACUGGUCUUUUUGACAGGUCGAUAUGUGUGCCCUACGUUGACGGUGAUUCUGGUACAAUUCACUCUCCCUCUGUCAGCCUUUCUGACUCAAUUUGUGCAUUCGGAUGGACGCUGUGCACAGUGCUUUUGUCGCAAUUCCGAUAGUGAUGACAACAGUAGCGAUGGUGACGACAAUCGUGAUGAAGAAGGCAAUGCCCAACAGGAACGGGGCUUUGGUGGAUCUUCUUACCAACAACAACAGGCCGGCGACAGCAACGGGGGUGACAAUCAAUCGACAACGAACUCGGAGGGAAUGCCGCUGCCUGGAUGGGGCGGCCUCUCAGCAGAACAUCUUUGGGGGUCGCUUAUUCUGUCACUGGCAGUCUUGUUGGCAUCGCUACCCUCAUUUUACUCCAUCAUUAAUCCAUCCUUCUUUGCCUACGCCGACCAAAUACCCAUUCAAACGGCAUACAAUACACUCAUCUAUGUCUCGAGUUGCUUUCCUGCCGCUGCAUCUCAGCUGUACAAAGAACACGUCUUUUUGCAAAGCAAGCAACCGGUAAAUGCCAGCUAUCUGAACUUUUUGCUGUCCCUCUUUCAGUUCAUUCUGGCAUCCAUCAUGACACCGCUGGUAUUUGGACUGCAGGGCUUGGGUGCGGGCGAGGAUUGGACAAGCCUGUAUCCAUCGUCUCAUUUCAGCAACAACUUUCUAUCCGGUCUCAAGUGUUUCCUGGGACUAUUGCCAGAGGACGCAGCCCAGCAGAACUUUCCCGAGCCAGCCAAUUGCGACCUUUCGAUGGGAUUGGUAAUUGUGCACGCCUUUUCCAUUGUGGCCGUGGGAUGUGCUGUGGAUAAAAUUGUCAAUGCGGGCGCCACCAAAGCCAUGUACCGAGGGAUCAGCGCAGGGAUCAUCGUCGCUGUGUUGCUCAUGUACGAAUAUGACAUGCACACUACGAGAUUCAACUACGGCCCGGCCAUUGAUGCCCUUAAUCUCGUAUGUCUCAUUCUGCUGAUUGUGGGGGCGGAGGUCUACCACCGAGUCAGUCUGACAGACAGCGUGUUCGAAACGGUGUAUCCAACCGUGGAAGGCCUUUACGAAGAUGAAGAGUAAAGUUCUCGCUAUUCGCCCGCUUGGCUACUGUCCAUCUUGGACGGUAGUCCGAUAUUGAAUUUGUCCUGCUAGCUAGGCUUUGUAUAUUACGGUGUAGGGUAGAAAGAGAAGACGACUUGCUUCUGGGUCGGCUGGUGAAGCCCUCGUCCCACUGUGAGUGUCAACUCGACGUGCGGCAUUGCUCUCAUUUAUUUGGAAGCACUUUGAUGGGACAGCAGUCUGCAUCGCCGUGACACUAGCUAGCUAGGUCGAAGCAAAAUGAGAAUACCCGUCUGCGAAACGACCGGCUAGAAUGCGCGCCGCUUCAAAAUGCGUUGCUCCAUCUUCCUACAACAAAGUAUACUAAUGGAGCUCUAGUAUUUAUUGACAAUAGAGUCAAGACGUCCUGACACAUUGUUCUUCCUAGAUAUAAUAUACUGAUUUCAAAUGCACAUCGAUGGCAGCCACAAAGAAUUAGAAGAAAGCACAUUGACC